GUGGGAGUGGGGAGGGUGUCCCAGGAGGGAGUCACUAUAAGCUGGCAAAGCGCGCGAGGCUCUAGGGAGCUGAGUCUGGGGUCUAGCAGAGGUGAGUGCAGCGGGGGAGACGAAGGUGCAGAAGUACCCAACUGACCUGACAGCCGAGAUGGAAGUCGGAGAUCCCUCAGGGGACGCCGGGCAGGGUGACUCCUUGACCACCAUGUCAGAAGAAGAGGAACAGCAACCUGGCCCUGCCCCAGUGGAGGAGCAGCAGCAGCCCCAGGCCCAGGGUAAGAACCUGGUGAGUAGAGUGGCCAGUCUGCCUCUGGUCAGCACGACCUAUGCCAGGGCAUCGGCACUAUACAGCUCUAUGAAGGAGAACCACCCAUAUCUGAACACUCUGUGUGGACUGGCUGAGCGCAGCCUUCAGGGCCUAACCACCAGAGCUGCCCAAGGGGCCCAGCCCAUCCUCAGCCUGCUGGAGCCUCAGAGCUCUCUCCUCUGCACCACCAGCUGCCUGAGUACUGCAUCUGAAUUCACAAGAGCCAAGUUCAAAAUCCAAGGUCUAAUCACCUGUGUGACCUUAGUUACUUCAAUGAAUGAAUAUGCCUGCAAGGGCCUGGACAAGCUGGAGGAGAAGUUGCCCUUCCUCCGACAGCCCUCUCAGGAGGUGGUGACAUCAGCCAAGGACGCAGUAACCAGCAGUGUAACAGGAGUGGUGGGCCUGGCCCAGAAAGGUCGGCGAUGGAGUGUGGAUUUGACUCGGUCAGUUGUAACUAGUGGGGUAGACACAGUCAUGGGCACCCGCAUGGGACAGAUGGUGACCAAUGGUGUGGAUGCCAUCAUGGGCAAGUCUGAAGAACUUAUGGAUCACUUCCUACCCAUGACUGAUGAGGAACUUGAUGAGCUGGCUGCCGCAGCAGCUGAGGGUGGGGCUCUGGCCCCAGGGGAAGACCGGCACCAGACAAGCUACUUUGUUCGACUGGGAUCGCUGUCAUCUCGACUCCAACAGCGGGUGUACCAGCACUCACUGGGCAGACUCCGCCAGAAAAAGCACCAGGCCCAGGAAUAUUUCACCCAGCUACACGACACUCUGGAGAUGAUUCACCAUAUGAAGCAUGGCUCCAAUCACAACUUCCAGGGUGGGCAGGGAAGGCUGAAGCAGCUGUGGCAAGACUGGAGUCACCAGGAUAAGGAAUGCUACCAGAGCCAGGUAGAAUCGCAGACUCUGGACCUGUCCCGAGACCUAACUCAGGAGCUGCAGGCCACAUGUGAGACGCUGGCAGCUAGCGUGCAGGGGUUGCCGCUGGCCGUCCAGGCAAAGGUGCUGGAGGUCCAGCAGAGUGUGGAGGAGCUGCAUCAGGCCUUCUCGGCCGCCCGCUCCUUCCAUGAUCUGCCACCGGCAUUUCUGGCAAAGGGCCGGGGCCACAUGGCGCAGGCCCACACGACCGUGGAUGAGCUACUGGAUUUUGUCCUACAGAGCAUCCCCCUGCCCUGGCUGGUGGGGCCCUUCUCACCCUUAAUAGUGGAACGGCCCUGCACCCCACAGGAACUGAUAGACCAGGUCGAUGAGGUGGUGGUAGGCAGAAGGUCCAGCCUGCUGGAGGACCGUUGGGCCAAUAUGGAUUGGGUCGCCCAACAAGAAGCCUGGCGAGCUGCUCAGGAGGCCGCCAUGGCAGAGGAAGUCGAACCACCCAGGAUCCCCAGCCAGGAGGUCAAGAAGGCAACAAUAAUGCCUGAGCUAGACUUCUGAGCAGUCUUCCCCUCUUGACCAAUGAACAAAUAUCAGCUGCUGGGCAAGUUUAUGGUCAAGCAUCCCCCUCUCCUCAGCCCUGCCUGUCCUCUAAGGGCCUCUCCCAAGGGACAGGGGUCCUGAAGCCCUGUCUUUGCCAACCAGAACCUGAUUGCUUGGGCCUCUCUUUGAGCCUUUGGGAAGGAAAGGGAGUACUCAGGACAGUGCAAAUGGAGAGAACCAGUCUGAGCUUAAAGUUAGAGGGAAUGCUCAGAGAAGAGGUGGGGGCUGAAUAUAUAAACCUGAGGUUGAUCUGUACAUAGGUGAAAAUGGAAGCCAAGAGCUUCCAAUGAAGUCGCCUGGGGAGGGAAAGUCAAGUGAGGAUGGCUGAGGACAGAACCCUGGGGAAGAGAAGGAAGGAAGCAUCCACAGCCCAUGAAUUAGAAAUGUCUUUUCUUCCUCAGGAGUGAUGGUUCAGGUGUUCUUUCUAAGGUGGGGAAAACAGUCUCUGCAGCUAUUGGUCAGUGAUUUAAAGUUCUUUUUUCUAGACUGUGUGGUAAGUGGGGUAAGACUGUGGGAAGGGAGGGAGGGAGGAAGGGAGGGAAGAA